UGUGACGGCGGCGACGAGAGGAGUAACUUGGAGACCAGCCUCGUGACACGGCGGCGGCACCCUACCUCGCGAGGACCUCACCCCCACACAUGAGGCUGCCUCGGCUCCCACCAUCUGAAUCCCCUGGCCUACACCACCAGCUCGGGUAGAUCCAAUUCGUCCAUGUCCAAACCGAAGUACCUCUGCAGGAUGGGGCGGCCAGGAUUUCUUGCGAUUGGAGGAGCUCGCUGGUGGAAGAAUGCAUGCCCUUUGUGCGCUGGAGAAGGAGGAGAUGGUGGCUGAUUCGGAGGUAAUACAGUGUGUGGAGAUUGGAGAACGGGGCGGUGAGCAGUUGCAAGGAGAGGAGACGACGGAAGUGGAAUCCCGCCGAUGCCAACGGCGAGCCUAGCUGAGCGGCGGGAACGGCGGCCCUGCAAUCGGGCAGUGGAAUACGGCAAUAGGGGAUCGAGUGUUGAGUGGCAUUGCUCGUAAUUGUUGGAAAGUUCCAUGGGAGAAAGACAGUGCAGUCUCGAAAGAAAAGAUACUAAAACAAAACAAAACCAUGAUCUUUCUCCCACAUUGCCAGAGGGAGGGAACACGAGGACCAUGCCUCGCCUCUGCUCCUCGACGCCAAUGUCGCCACUCCGCCUCUGCCUCCGCCUCCACGCCCGCCACUCCUCCUCCACCUCGCCGCCCACUCGCUGCUGGGAGCCCGCCGCCGCCUUCGCCGCAGCCACGGAACGCGCGCGCAAUGGCAAGCUCACCCCGGCGGACGCACACCACCUGUUCGACGAAUUGCUGCAGCAGGGCACGCCGGUCCAGGCGCGCCCCCUCAACAACCUUCUAGCCGCCCUCGCCCGCGCUCCGGCAUCCUGUUCCUGCAGCAACGGCCCAGCCCUCGCGGUUGCCCUCUUCAGCCGCAUGUCCCAAGGCGCCUGCCGACGGGUGGCGCGGCCCACGGCCUGCACAUAUAGCAUCCUCAUGGACUGCUGCUGCCGUGCGCACCGCCCGGGCCUGGCGCUCGCCUUCUUCGGCCGCCUCCUCAAGAUGAGCCUCAAGGCAGAUGUCCGCGUCAUCAACAACCUCCUCAAGGGACUCUGCCGCGCAAAGCGUGCAGAUGACGCUCUGGUGGUGCUGCUUCACAGGAUGCCCGAACUUGGCUGCACCCCCGACGUGGUGACAUAUAACUCAGUUAUCGAUGGCUACUUUAAGGAAGGCCAAGUGGGCAAGGCGUGCAAUCUAUUCCAUGAAAUGGCACGGCAAGGGAUUGCGCCUAAUGUGGUGACAUAUAACUUGGUUAUUCAUGGCUACUUUAAAGAAGGCCAAGUAGGCAAGGCGUGCAAUCUAUUCCAUGAAAUGGCACAGCAAGGGGUUGUGCCUAAUGUGGGGACAUAUAACUUGGUUAUUCAUGGCUACUUUAAGGAAGGCCAAGUAGGCAAGGCGUGCAAUCUAUUCCAUGAAAUGGCACAGCAAGGGAUUGCGCCUAAUGUGGUGACAUAUAGCUUGGUUAUUCAUGGCUACUUUAAGGAAGGCCAAGUAGGCAAGGCGUGCAAUCUAUUCCAUGAAAUGGCACAGCAAGGGGUUGCGCCUAAUGUGGUGACAUAUAGCUUGGUUAUCGAUGGCUACUUUAAGGAAGGCCAAGUAGGCAAGGCGUGCAAUCUAUUCCAUGAAAUGGCACAGCAAGGGAUUGCGCCUAAUGUGGUGACAUAUAACUUGGUUAUCAAUGCACUGUGCAAGGCCAAAGCAAUGGACAAGGCAGAGUAUUUCCUUCGUCAGAUGGUUGUUAAUGGUGUUGAGCCUGAUACUGUGACAUAUAAUAGCCUCAUCCAUGGAUAUUCCACUUCGGCCAACUGGAAGGAGGCACUUAGGGUGUUCAAAGAAAUGACAACUCGGAGUGUUACAGCAGAUGUGUAUACUUACAAUGUCUUCAUGGCCUACCUUUGCAAGCAUGGGAGAAGCAAAGAAGCUGCAGGAUUUUUUGAUUCCAUGGCUAUGAAGGGCCUGAAACCUAAUAUCGUGUCAUACAAUAAUCUGCUUCACGGGUACGCCACUGAAGGAUGCUUAGUUGAUAUGAAUAAUCUCUUUAAUUCAAUGUCAAGAGAUGGUAUUCUACCUGACUGUCAUGUUUUUAACACACUGAUUAACGGAUACUCUAAAGCUGGCUUAAUGGAUGAGGCUAUGCUUAUACUUAAAGAAAUGCAGAAACAGGGAGUGACUCCAGAUGUAGUCAGCUAUGGAACCAUAAUACAUGCAUUUUGUAAAAUGGGUAAGUUGGACAAUGCUAUGGAGAAAUUUAAUCAGAUGAUUGAUAUCGGAGUACAACCAAACAUAGCUGUUUAUGGUUUCCUGAUUCAGGGCUUUUGUACACAUGGCGAUUUGGUGAAAGCAAAGGAAUUAAUUGCUGAAAUGAAGAAUAAAGGUAUGCGUCCUCCUGGUCUUGCGUUCUUCAAUUCAAUAAUGCACAACCUUUGCAACGAAGGAAGGGUAAUGGAAGCACAAGGCAUCCUUGACUUGAUCGUACACACAGGUGAGAGGCCUGAUGUUGUCACAUUUAAUACACUAAUUGGUGGAUAUUGCCUAGUAUGCAAGAUGGAGGAUGCGAUGAAAGUAUUUGAUGCUAUGGUAUCAUAUAGUUUGGAACCUUGUAGUGUUACAUAUGGUAUACUUAUUAACGGCUAUUGCAAGAACAGAAGGAUUGACGAUGGGCUUACUUUGUUCCAAGAAAUGUUGCGAAAGGGGGUUAAACCUACAACUUUUAAUUAUAAUGUUAUACUGGAUGGGUUAUUUCUGGCUGGACGAAUUGUUGAUGCAAAGGAAAAGUUUCGUGAGAUGGCUGAAUCUGGAUUGAAUGUCUGCAUCGAUACAUACUGUAUAGUUCUUGGUGGACUAUGUAGAAAUAAUUGCUCUGAUGAAGCAAUCACAUUGUUCCAGAAGUUACGGACAGCAAAUAUGAAAUUGGAUAAUAUUAUAAUUGUCAAUAUCAUGAUUGGUGCAUUCUACAGGGUUCAGCGAAACCAGGAAGCUAAGGAUUUGUUUGCUGCAAUACCAGCCAAUGGGUUGGUAGCUGAUAUUGGUACCUACAGUGUAAUGAUGAAAAAUCUGAUUAAGGAAGGCUCAGUGGAAGAAGCUGACAAUCUUUUUUCAUCAAUGGAGAAGAGUGGAUGUGCCGCGAACUCUUAUUUGCUAAAUUGUAUCAUCAGAAGUUUACUGGAAAAGGGAGAUGUAGUCAGAGCUGGAAAUUAUAUGUCUAAAGUUGAUGGAAAGAACUGCUCUCUUGAAGCUAAAACUGUUUCGCUGCUGAUCGCACUUUUUUCAACAAAAGGGGAAUAUAGGAAAAACAUAAACUUGCUCCCUACAAAGUACCAGUUUCUGGAAGGAGCUGUUGCAGGUCCGUAGUCCAAUAAUUGAAACAUAAUAUCUGAACUUAACUCUUCAUGAGGAUGCUGAAAGGUAGAUCAAGCAGUCUAAAUCGGCGGGUUGGCCUAUUAAGGAUAUUCGCUUCUGAUGGCUACUAAGGAAGUCGUAGAUAGACUGAAGCUGUUCUUCAGGAUCUGGACCAUGAUCGCCUUGUAACCCCUCCUGCUUAAUAAAGUUCCUCUUUUACCCGCAAAAAAAAGGAAGGUGUAGAUACGGUAGUGUGGAUAUAAAAAGAAGGAAAUAUGUGUGUGGCUGUGUGCUUGAGAGAGUCGAGAUUUUUGGGAUGCAAUUUCUUGGUAGAUAUCCCAUAGUUCGAUCACCCGGAUGAUAUUUCUUCUAUAAUGGGGUCUGUGGUAGAAGAGGGAUGCAUCCCAAACAGCUGCAUCCCUCUAUGAUGAUUCAAGGAGUUCCAUGUACAAAGUUUAAAGUUACUGAUUGCAGCCC